AUGGAAAGUGAUCAGGUUGUACCGGAUCUCCUUCGAUUUUCGGACCGCUUAAUGUUGGGUGUCUCCAUGGUUGGAUUUUCCAUCAUCACCAUUUGCGGUUCCUUCUUAGUGGUGGCCAGUGUAACUAUUCACAGCAAGAAGAUUAAAAGUCGCAACAAUAUAUUUAUCAUCAAUCUCAUGAUCGCAGACUUCAUUGUCGGAGUGUUAACGAUGCCCAUAACAUCCUCCUCAGUACUGCAGAAUAAAUGGGUCUUUGGAGCUGAUCUUUGCAAUACGUCAGGUUUCUUGGAUAACGUAGCGCUGGUUUCCUCCUUAUGGACUAUGGCAAUGUCUUCUGUGGACAGAUACUAUUUCGUUACCCAUCCAUUCACUUACUUCAAGGUGAUGUCACACAAGCGGAUAGUGGUGAUGCUGGUGUUCAGCUGGCUUCACUCUUCUCUCCUGGCAGCAUGUCCUCUGUUCGGGUGGGACUCCUACGUUUACUCUCCCUACUCUUUCAACUGUGGUAUCAAGGGAUCCAACGACGCUUUCCACCGAUACUACUUCAUCACCUUCUUCAUGCUCUCAAUCCCUGUUCCGGUCUUUCUCUGUGCCUACUUCUACUUCAAGCUGCUCAUCAUCACAAGAAAACGUCUUAACUCAAGGUCCAAGAGACAGCAGGCCUCCUUUCCGACCGCUACAUCUUCUUGUCCAGUCAGUACAGUUCAGUUCAGUGACACCACUGCGUUCUCCAACGUCCACUUCAAAUACCCCUUUGACUACCAAGAGUCCAGCUCAACAGCACAAGACCCAGUGAGUAGGAACUCCCCGGAAGAACCAAUCGAAGGACCAGUCCGCCGCACACUCCGCCAACACCAGCCCGAACACACACCCGGACCAGCCCCCCAGAAGAGUAAGUGGAGGUGGAACAGGGCUGCAGACCACAAAGCAGCCAACACCAACGAGGCGAAGGCGAGUAUCAAGAUACGCCGCUCCAGAAACACGGCCAUGCAGCGGAAAGUCACCGUGUCUGUGUUCAUUAUAGUAGGCUGCUAUAUGCUCUUCACUAUGCCAUUGUUUGUGACGGGACUGGCACAUUGGAUCUCAAAGCACCCCAUAAACAUUCCCAUAAAGUGGGCCCUCUUGGCUCACUGGCUGUUUAUCGGGAAGAGCGCUUGUAAUCCCAUAUUGUUCGCGUCUUUGAACCCCCAGAUACAGGGUGGUUUUAAACAACUGAUAGGAUUUUGUAAGUGUCGGUGA